GAUCGCCUUGUGAUGACGUCAUUACAGUGCGUCUCAGAAUAACAACAGGGAAACGAGCUGCUCUCUGCUGAUCACUGUAGAUACAGAUCGCUAUCAGAUCCCCUUUUACUGACUAUUGUCUUCAUAGGAUAGAGACCCGUGGAUCAGAUCUUCAUGGCAGAGCUGGAGAUCGGGCAGCACUGUGAUGUGGAGCACUGCGGACAGCUGGAUUUUCUUCCCUUUGUGUGUGAUGGUUGCUCCAGAGUGUUUUGUUGUGUUUUUUAGCCUUACACACAGAAGUAGAGAUUCCCAUGACUGCCCUGAGGUGACUACAGGCCCCAGCAGUGCACAGUCUGGAGUCAGCACACAGAUCCCUUGUUCUUACACAGGAUGCAUUGGGAAAGAAUUGGUGGAGGUUUUAUGUCCUUUCUGCAAAAAACAUUUCUGCUUGAGGCAUCGUCACCAGCCAGAUCAUGAAUGUGAGAAACUGGAGGCUCCAAAGCCACGGAUGGCAGCAACCCAGCAGCUGGUGAAAGAGAUUGUGGAUUCCAAAAAUUCCACUCCUCCUAACAAAGUGCGCAGAGGGGCAAAAAACGCAGAGACUGCAGCAAAGGUGGCAUUAAUGAAGCUGAAGUUACAUGCGCUGGGGGAUAAAUCUUUACCUCAGUCUGAAAGGAUUUACUUUCAAGUGUACUUGCCUACGGGUGGAAAGGACAAAAGCAAACCCAUGUUCUUCUGUAAGAAGUGGAGUAUCGGGAAAGUUGUUGACUAUGCAGCUUCAAUAGCAAGCCUGAAAAAUGACAAUAACAAAGCCGCUGCAAAGAAGCUGCGAGUGUGCCACACAGAGACAGGGGCAUCUCUACCAAUGGACAGCUCUCUGGAAACAUGGCUGUCCAGUGCAGAAAAUCCUUUAUACAAUGGUGGAAAUAUUAUCAUUGAGUAUUUGGAUAAUGAGUGCAAUGAAAUUAAAGAUACUAGUAUUUAUUUAUCAUAGAUCCCCUUCCUACUUAUUAAAGUGUGCUGUUUUUAAGUGUGUGACUUGAGAUUCAGUGACUUU